GCGAUUAUACUUCCCCACAGCCUUGAAGUCAGGAGUGGUAAGGUGACUAGUAGUUAUGCCCCUUUUCCCCAGGAUAGAAUGUUUAAAUUUUAUCAAAUGAAGCACAUUUUUGAAAUACUUGAUAAAAUGAGAUGCCUGCGAAAACGUUCCACAGUGUCAUUCUUGGGAGUUCUUGUCAUUUUCCUUCUCUUUAUGAACUUGUACAUUGAAGACAGCUAUGUUCUGGAAGGAGACAAACAACUUAUAAGGGAAACAUCCACACACCAGCUGAAUUCAGAACGUUAUGUGCAUACUUUCAAAGAUUUAUCUAAUUUCUCAGGAGCCAUCAAUGUCACCUAUCGCUACUUAGCUGCCACACCUUUACAAAGAAAGCGCUUUCUUACAAUUGGACUUUCAUCAGUGAAACGAAAAAAAGGAAACUAUUUACUUGAGACGAUCAAGUCAAUUUUUGAGCAAUCCAGCUACGAAGAGUUGAAGGAAAUUUCAGUGGUGGUUCACCUGGCAGACUUUAAUUCAUCCUGGCGUGAUGUCAUGGUCCAGGAUAUUACACAGAAAUUUGCCCACCAUAUUAUUGCAGGAAGAUUAAUAGUUAUACAUGCUCCAGAGGAAUAUUACCCAAUCCUGGAUGGCCUUAAAAGAAAUUACAAUGAUCCAGAAGACAGAGUCAGAUUUCGUUCUAAGCAAAAUGUAGAUUAUGCCUUUCUGCUUAAUUUUUGUGCCAAUACUUCAGACUAUUAUGUAAUGCUCGAAGAUGACGUUCGAUGUUCAAAAAAUUUCUUAACUGCCAUCAAGAAAGUCAUUACAUCCCUAGAAGGAACCUACUGGGUAACUCUUGAGUUCUCUAAACUUGGCUACAUCGGAAAACUUUAUCAUUCUCAUGAUCUCCCACGUUUGGCACACUUUUUAUUAAUGUUUUAUCAAGAAAUGCCUUGUGAUUGGCUAUUGACUCAUUUUCGGGGCCUUUUAGCUCAGAAAAAUGUGAUCCGUUUUAAACCAUCUCUCUUUCAGCACAUGGGUUAUUAUUCAUCGUAUAAAGGGACUGAGAAUAAGCUGAAGGAUGAUGAUUUUGAAGAAGAGUCAUUUGACAUCCCUGAUAACCCUCCUGCAAAUCUCUACACCAAUAUGAAUGUUUUCGAAAAUUAUGAAGCAAGCAAGGCUUAUAGUAGUGUUGAUGAGUACUUUUGGGGGAAACCACCUUCAGUAGGAGAUGUCUUUGUGAUUAUAUUUGAGAAUCCAAUUUUAAUUAAAAAAAUUAAAGUGAGUACUGGAACAGAAGAUCGGCAAAAUGACAUUUUACAUCAUGGAGCCCUAGAUGUUGGGGAAAAUGUUGUAGAUUUCAAACAAAGUAAACACUGUGUUACUUACUUAAGACUAGGGGAAUUCAAAAAUGGAAACUUUGAAAUGUCAGAGGUGAAUCAAAAAAUUCCAUUUGACAUAAAUUGUAUAAGGAUAUAUGUUACCAAAACGCAAAAAGAAUGGCUGAUUAUUAGGAGCAUUAGCAUUUGGACUUUUUAACCAAUUAAAUCGAUAUGUCCAGCUAUCGAAGCAGGCUUUCCUGUUUCCUUUUUUGCUACCUUCCCUUUUGCUAUUGUUUGUUGGAGGGAAAGCAAUGGAUGGGAUAUUUUCAAGGAAAAGUCUAAUCAUUUUGGCAGUUUUGAUUCUCAUAUUGUCAACAUAAUUUUAUUCUAAUCCACACUUGUAUUUAUUUUAACUCCUAAAGUUUAUGGUUAAUGCUACUUUUAUUUAUAUUUUUAAUGUGUUGAUGUUAGUACCAAAAUUUUAAUUAAAUGUCAAAAAUACGACAUGAAAGAUUUAAAGUGAGAAAAUUUAGUUUGCUGGAUGGUGAGUCUUGAAAAACAGUUGCCAACUGUGUGCACUUCCUCAAGAAUUAAAACAUUCAUUAUAUCAUCAGAUAGCUUUUAUUAAGCAUCUAUGUGAAUAUGCAGUUGGUUAGAAUGAUAAUCUUUUUUUUUUAUUGUAAACAUAGAUUUUCAUAGACUUCUGUACAUCUACAAUGAAUACCUCCUUAUAGAAAGUGAUGUCUUUACAACAGAAUUUUGUGCAUAGGUGGAGUGAUGGAAAGAAAAAAAAAAUGACU